AUGUCAUCGGCAUCGUCGUCGUCAUCAUUAUCGCAAGAGCGGGAUACCAAAAUAUUUUUUGCCGUUGUACCGACCUUGCUUGCCAUUGGAAUUUUAUUGCCAGAUGAUUGGCUUGCUGUGAUAACGGGCAAUCCGUUAAUGGCCAUCCUCACGGGCUUUGGAAUGUUGGGAAGGGAGAAUUACAUGCUCGAAGAUAAUAAUAAAAAUGGAGCGGCACAAGAGGAACAUGACGCUGUGGUUCCACGACUAUUGAAAAGUAGUACCAGUAGUAUGAGUACUGCAAGUACGACGGAGAGCAGCACUUGUUCUACCAUUGCAAGUAUGAAUUAUGCCGAAGAUACCUUGGAAAUAGAAGGAAUCCAAGUCCCAGUCGGUUGUGAAGUCAAUGGAACCCAUUUGGAUCGGCAUGGAUCAGCCUUGAGAUGCUUUGCCUUUUUUCGAGGGAUUUCCAUUCGUGUCUAUGUGGCCACCUUGUAUUCUCCCCGGCAGUUGUCCAAUGGACUCGAGAUCCUCGAGUCAUUAGAAUCUCAUGAUGCUUCACCGUUGCAAAUGGACUUUACCUUUUUGCGAGGAUUCACGGCUGGUCAAUGCAAAAAGGCAUGGGAGAAACAGUUGGACGAAAGUGUUUCGUAUCGAUAUGAGGGCUUUGAACAGGACAAGGCUGACUUUUUGGACAUGAUUGCCACCCAACCUAUGAAGGCAAAUGGAACAGUGACUGUUCAAAUACUAGAGGAUGAUGAUACGAUUACAAUGAUGAUUUUUGACCAAGGCACAUGGACUGGAGAAAUCGUUGGCAAAGACUUUCAACGGGCAUUCUUGAGCAUGUGGUUUGGAGACAAGCCAGUGACGGACGAACUGAAGUCAGGGUUACUAGGACAAACACUCUAG